AUGCCGCCGUCGUUUCUUGAGGGAUACGAAGAGGUAGACGCAUUCGACGACGACUUGAACGAUGAGUACUCUGAUGAAGAGGCAAGUCUUCUAUGUGACGUUGGACAUGGGCCAGUUGGGCUCCAGUUUGUUGAAUCAGACAAACUUCUAUCGUCUUAUCGCAAGUCACUCCUUAGGAUUGCGUCUAACUCUUACAACGUGCAGGGGCUCGAGACCGAGGAACCGUUUCUCCAAGUAGGCGGGACAACAUUCAAGGGAGAGCAUGAAAGGUUAUUGGGCACAGAAGUACUUUUACAAGAACCUCCAUCCACGUCUGCCAAUACACCAUCCCGACCACUUGUACCAGUAGCAAUGACCAGCCAACGCAUACGGUUCAAAGAAGUUCGUCUCGUACCAAGAGAAGAUGCCGAGGACGAGCCAGAGGCGGGCCGCCACUCGCCAGAGCGCGAAAAGAGUGUCCCUCGAACGACGCUCGGGGGCGUCUCACGCGAAGUGACAUCUGCAUUCUUCCCAGCCACGAGGAAAGACGCAGCCCAACUGCCCAAAAUGAGACGUCGGUUCUUCAAGCGGCCAGAAGGAUAUCGAACGAGUGAGGAUGAGGAUAGUGGAGUCAAACCAAGAAAGAAGAAGAAGAGUACAGGAGCAGAAGGAGGACGAGGACGAAAACCAAAGGAUAAGCCGGUUGCAGAUGAUGAGGAGCAAGAGGUGACAGCGGAUGCGCAAGAUGAAGCCAUGCAAGAGUAG